AUGGCAAUAUUGAGAAUAAAGGAAUAAGAGGUGUCAUACUCUUAUCUCUACAUCGUGGUAUCAUACAUAGUGAUCAAGUAUCUUUUGGAACAAUUUAUCAAUCUGAGGCAAUUGGAUUAAUUGUCAGUGAAACAGAUGCCUAUUCAUAUUGAAUAGACUCUGGGAAUCACACAGAAAUAAUUCAAGAGAAGCUAGCGAUUUUAUUAUGACAAACUGUCGUUUGAAAUGUACACCAAAUCAAUAAAAACAGCAAUGGAGAUCAUCGUAAUAUUAUGUGGAGUGAUGCCUUUUAUUUGGGAAAGGACUGUGACUUUCUUCAAGAUGGACCCGAAUUCAGAGUUUCAAAGAGGAUUGGCAUAUAUCUUUGUGGAGUUUUUACGCCUCAAAUUAAUUGAUGUUCCUAAUAAUUUUUAUAACACUCACGUGAUAGAGAAGAGAUAUGAUCUGAGUCAAAUAUCAUUCGCUCUCCAAUUCAGCGAUCUAGUGAUUGAAUCAGCAUUGUGGGUGGUCUUUGUACCAAUACUCCUCUACUCCUACUUGUAUGUGGCUGAACUCGGAGGAGACUACUUCUUCAUAGCGAUGCAAUUCUUUGUGCUGAUCAUGGCAAUAGUGUCCAGUCUCGUCUAUCCUAAUUACAUUUAACCACUAUUCAAUGAAUUCGAGGAACUCAAAGAAACCCAACUCAAAUAAGCAAUCAGUCAAUUAGCAUUCAGAAUGAAUUUCCCCUUGGAGAAGAUCCUGGUCAUGGAUGGGUCCAAAAGAUCAGAUCAUUCGAAUGCCUACUUCUUUGGGAUGUACAGCAAGCGAAUAGUGCUGUAUGACACUCUCAUCAACAAUCUGACAAACGAGGAGAUCGUGGCUGUCGUAGCACAUGAAUUGGGACAUUGGAAAUAUAGACAUCCCUAUAUCAAAUUAGUAUUCUUUUGCAUCAAAAUUCUGAUCACUUUCUAUAUCUUUGGCUUCUACAGAGAUUCGGAUGUGGUUUUCUUGAGUUUUGGGUUCAAUGAGAAGUCCAUCUUCAUCGGGUCUGCGUUGUUCUUCUCUCUCUUUGAACCCAUGAAUACGUUGUUCCAAAUAUUCGAACUCCAUUUGUCCCGUUUCUUUGAGUAUCAAGCAGAUAUGUUUGCCAAUCGUCAUGGUCUUGGGUCGUAUUUGAUGAGUGGGUUGAUCAAGCUGUUCAAAUAGAAUUCCACGAAUUUGAUGGUAGACCCAAUCUAUCAAUGGUACUAUAACAGUCAUCCUUCAUUGUUUGAGCGAUUAAAAUACUUAAAUAAAUUGAGAUGA